AGGGACCCUUAAAAAUGUCAUUUACGGCGCACACAGACGCAAAUAUUGCCGGAGAGGGAAUGCUGAAUGCUGUGUGGACAGUGGAUUUAGGAGGAUUUAUCAAGAAAUAAACGGCCAAAUGAGUGAAAACUGAUAAAAUUUAAGGAGUCGUCGAGUGCGAAAUGACAAGCCACUACAAUGUUCCUGGCUGGGCAGGGAAGGCUCCUGUUGGCCUUCAUCUGGAUGUGCUCAAAGGAGAGAAACUUACUCAGAAGCUGAUGGUGGAUGAAAAGCGCUGUUACCUGUUUGGACGAAAUCCUCAGCUAAAUGACUUCUGCAUAGAUCAUGCCAGCUGCUCUCGAGUUCAUGCUGCCCUGGUGUGGCACAAACACCUUGAUCGAGCCUUUUUGGUUGAUCUUGGCAGCACACAUGGUACGUUCAUCGGCUCGAUGCGAAUUGACGCCAACAAGCCGACCCAGCUGCCGAUCGACUCGGCGUUCCACUUUGGCGCCUCGACGCGCGUGUACAUGCUGCGCGAGCGUCCGCAGCAGGCCAGCAAGCCGGUCAUGGAGGAGCUGGAGCUGGCCGGCGAGGAGACGCACGGAGAGCUGCUCGGACUGCCCGAGACGGAGACAGAGCUCGAUAACCUGACCGAGUUCAACACGGCCCACAACCGGCGAGUGACGAUGCUGGGUAUUGCCGAGGACGACUUCAAGCCGGUGGGCAGGCGGCGCAGCCAGAAGCGCAGCGUCACCUUCAACGAGGAGGAGGAGGUCAUCAACCCGGAGGACGUGGACCCGUCGGUGGGCCGCUUCCGCAACCUGGUCUCCACCACCGUCAUACCGAUGAAGAGGGCGCGCGUGGAGCCGGCCUCCUCGGCGUCGGCUCCGGCGCCAGCGCGCCACCAGCGGCGGCUCUCGGACACCGGUGCCGGCUCUCUGUACGGAGACCUGCCGCCGGCCGACGGCGCCGCCUCGCCGCCGGCCGCCGGACACAGCACGUUCGCCUUCAGCCUGACCAGCAAACUGGGCAUCGGCGUCAACCCGGCGCCGGAGGUGGAGGAGCGCGUUCCGGAGCCAGAGGUGCCGGCGGUACCGGCCGGCGCCGCCGCGCUGGUCGGACCCGUCGAUAACCCCGCCGCCCACGAGCCACGCAAGAAGAAGUACGCCAAGGAGAUGUGGCCGGGCAAAAAGUCGGCACCCGCCCUCCUCGUCUGAAGAGUGCGAGGUGUGGUGGUAUCCUUUUGCCGAGUCUGUGAGGUGUGUGUGGCGGUGCCUGGCAGUCGGUUGUGGACGAGCUCGCCAGGUUGGGAUAGGGUGGCCGCUGGACCUCGUGACAGUGUGUAUGGACGCCGCUAAACUCGGUCGUGCGGUGCCGCGCCAUCAGUCAAGACUCCUGUGCCACUCCGUUUCGGCAACUACGUAUCUGCCCCGAUGGAGUAACACACUGUCUUGCAGGCUGUCUUGCCCGACCUUAGUCUUCGUAUUUUGGUUAUAUAGGGUAUUGUACAGAAGAGGGGCUUCAUAUCCACCAGGCAGACCGUCUUACGUCCUCGUGGCACAGCUGCCAUCUCAUCUCAUGUAUGUUUCGUGAUUGCACCUCUGCUAUCAGUUAAGGUGUGUUUCCGAAAUCGUUCUUUCCCUACAUUGUUUUUCUUCUGUGUGAAUGUAGUGGCGACACGCUGUCUCGAUGUGUUGGUCUGUGGGUCUGAAAGGUGGCCCCAUCCCGCCGCUACUCAGGUUUGUGCUGUGUGGAGGCGGACGCUGUGGUGUUCGGGGUGUUUUUAUUGUCACUGCCGUUGUUUGUUACGUUCUGCGCGCCGGGCCGGGCGGCUCGACUCCUCUGCUCGCGUCUAUAGAGCUGCUGACUGACUGCGUGCUGUACCCCGAACAUCUCGGACGGUGCUCCACUAUCGAAUACACAGUGAGCUGAG